AGUUGAUUCUUCUAUUGUAAUAUGAAUAACAUUCAGAAGGUAGUGUUGUGGUCCCCAUUACUGAUAGUGGCAAUAGUGUUACUGGCCUUGUCCUUUUCGAAAGUGCCAGCGACCGAACUCGGUGUGAAGUACGAUAACAUAUUCAAGCAUGUUGCAUCGAAGCCGUACACGGAGUCAGGGUUGUACACGAUUGGGCCCUUUGCUUAUUUCGUUUAUUACCCUAAAACUGUGAGGACCAUCGAGUUCUCCACCUCUGAGUAUGAUGUCCUCCACGCUAGGACAAGCGAUGGUCUACCGCUCGUACUCGGCGUUGCCUUCCAGUACCAGUUGAUACCGGAUGAGGCAGUGGAACUGUACAUGCAGUUGGGCGAGGACUUCGAGACGACUUUCAAACUCGUUGCGAACCAUUUGGCUACCGAGUACGCUACUCAGUUUAGCGCUUACCAGUUUUUCAAUAGCAAGGAAAUGAUAGCCCGAGGCAUGAUGGCGUACCUGGACGAGCACUUCAGGAGAGAUUUUCAUGCUUCCAUUCAAGGGCUGCAGAUCAACGAGGAUGAGCUGCCCGAUCAGUUCUAUAACUCAGUAUUGACGGCUGCUAACACAAAGCAGAAUAUCACUCGUAACAUUAAUCUGAGAGAUGCGGCUAAGGUUGGUAUGGCAACUGAUCGUAUAGUAGCAGCAGCUCAGGCUAAUGCGACGGUGUCGAGAGCGCAGGGACAAGCGAUGAGGACGUUGCAAGAAGGGCAAGCUGCGGCUGCUGUGCUCGAGCAGUAUAUAUCGGCUGAAACCCGGGCGUUCACAGAAGUGAAGUCGUCAUUGGCGUUGAACAACACGGAGCUGUUACAAUACAUAUGGUACGAUGCAUUGCAAGGUGGUGGAGUGCAACCGAAUGAGGACCUUGUUGGCCAAGUACUGGUUGGUGUUGAUCCUAGUGUCUAUAUGAACGCUCCAAAGGCGUGAUAGUGUCGCUACUAUUG